AUGCUAACUGUAACCUUCGGAACAGCAUGUGCACCAUUCUUAGCAAUCAAAACCCUGAGACAGAUAGCAAUCGAUGAGGCAAACACAGAAGAUUAUGCACAAGCUCGAGAAAUCAUCAACCAUUCUUUCUACAUGGAUGAUGUACUGUCAGGGGGAAAUACAAUAGAAACCGCAGUAGAGGCUAAACGUCAACUGACAGAAGUACUAAGAAGAGGAGGCUUCGAGUUACAAAAAUGGUCUUCAAACAGCAAAGAAUUCAUAAACACAGUAGAACCAGAGAAGAGAGCGAAGAAUUCUGAGAUAGACAUCAACAAAAAAGAGACAAUCAAAACAUUAGGAAUCACUUGGAACUCAAACGAAGAUACCCUCUUAGUAACAAACAAAAUCAACACUUUAUCUGAGCAGCGAGUAACAAAGAGAAACGUCUUAACAGUCAUCGCUUCCCUGUUUGAUCCAAUGGGUUGGCUAGCACCAUCUGUAGCCAUGGCGAAAAUAUUUCUACAGAAGACCUGGUCAAGAGAAUUAUCAUGGGACACAGAGUUACCUGAAGACUUGAAGACAGAGUGGAAGACUUUCUGCAGAGGCAUAGAGCACCUGUCAGACGUGAAGCUUGAGAGAUGGAUCGGAACGACCAACAACAGCGAGUUAGUAGAACUGCAUGGCUUUGCUGAUGCAUCAAUGUCAGCCUACGCAGCAGUAGUCUACAGCAAAGUAAUCCAACCAGACGGAGAAGUCAAAAUAUCACUCAUCAUGGCAAAAACAAAAAUCUCACCGUUGAAAAAACAACUCACUUUGCCCCGUCUUGAACUGAAUGCAGCACUGCUACUGAGCCAACUACUGAAACACGUCGCUACAGCUAUGAGAAUCGAGCACAACCAUACAUACGCUUAUUCAGAUUCAAAAGUAACCUUAGCCUGGAUUCUCGGAGACCCGCUGAAGUGGACAACAUUUGUGAAAAACCGAGUCAUUGCAAUCAACAACAACAUAGAUACAACAUGGUCGUACGUGAACACAAAAGAAAACCCUGCAGAUCCAGCAUCGAGAGGAGUCACACCUGAGAAAUUAAAAGAACAUACACUAUGGUUUCAAGGCCCAACAUUUUUACAUCAAAGAGAAUGGAGAAGAGAACACUAUGAAGUAGAAGAUACAGAUCUAGAAACAAGAAAAUCUAUCAAAUGCGCAACUACUACCUUGUCAGAGAAGACUCAGAAGACAGAAGAUUUCAUACUUACAAUUUCAAAGAGAUAUUCAUCAUUGAGAAAACUCAUCUCAGUCAUAGAAGAUGGCUUAUCUUAA